ACAAAGAAGAUGAAGUGAAAGAGUUCAAAAAAAUAUUAAAACAAAGAGAGAAUCAUGAUGAUAAAAAGGAUAGAGAUUUGUAUAGAGCUUCUGAAGAUAGGAAUGGAGUUCGUCGUAGCGGUGGCGGAAGCCGUCCAGAUUGCCUGGCGGCAACACCUCAACCACCGUACUCCUAUGCCUCCUCCGCCUCUCCUCCCCCAUGGCAUUUCCACUUCUUACCAUUCUCCAUUCCUCUUUGGAUUUCUCCCUUGAAUAAUUUUUUUUCUUCUCUUAUGAAACCAUUCUGCUUCUUUCUUUUACUCUUUUUUUUUUUGGGGUAGACUUUUAGAUGUAGGUUUUGCUGAUUCCUGUAACUCUGUAAAUUACUUUACUUUUUUUUUCAAUAAGAUUUGCAGUUUCCUGUCGA